UUUAACAAACUACUGAAGUACAUGUAUGUACCAUUCAUAAUGAAUAAUACUCCAGUUAUGUCAAGUUUACACUUUAGAAUUACCUUUGUGAUAGUUAUAGUUUGCAGGAUAUACAUAGGUGCUGAUGGUUCCGUUACCAUAAGUUCAUCUGCAGCGACUGUUCCGGAGGGGUCAUCACUGACAUUAACAUGCACGUAUACUGGAAUUGAUCAGCUGUUUUUAAUAAGAUGGACAAACAAUGGCAAUAAUUCGACACAAAAAUUCGAUAUAACAAUCAGACAACCUGAACCAUGUUCAAUAUUUGGAAAACCUGGUUUCAACGAAACUCUCUUCACCUUCACCUGCCUCACGCUGACUAUUUUAAAUGUGACACGGGAUUAUCAGAACGACAACUUUACGUGCAACGCAAAUUCGAAUAUAAACAGUGGCAAUAGUGUGAUCGUCAGUGUGUCAGUGUCAAUAUCAGAAGUAGUUUUUACAUCACCGACAGCUGCAAAUGCCACUGUCAUCACGGGCUCACCAAAGCAAUUCACGUGUCGUACAUCAGAGGGUAUUCCACAACCAACGGUGGAGUGGUAUAAAACCUCUAGUAGCAGCUGUACUAGGAAUGGCGUCAAGAUUAUAAAUUCCAUAUCCAGUUCACCGUCUGAAAGCAAUGGUCUUAUACAGGUGGAAAGUUCACUGUUAUUCACGGCAUCCAGUUUUGAUAAUAAUCUCUGGAUUUGCUGCGCGGCAAGUAAUAUCAACUCUCAGUGGAAACUGUCAGGAACGAAGCUUCUAGACGUAAGAUAUCCUCCACCUAAUCCGCCAGUGAUUGACAACUUCAACACACUAACGGACUACCAGAUGAUAGAAAAUAGCACCGAACGGCUGACAUGUAGAAGUACUGGAGGAAAUCCGCUUGCCAGCCUUGCGUGGAGCUGUUACAAUGGCACCGAGUCAAACCCUAACAUAAACGGCAGUUCAGUCAGUCGUUCUGUACAGUUCACAGCGCGGCGUAACCAAGACAACACAUGCACGUGUACUGCCACGCAUGAGGCGGGACCGUUGCAACAGGCUACAAUGGACGUCAAUAUCAUGUAUCCCCCUUCAACACCGGAAUUCAAAGUGGACGGUACACCAGUGGGCGUCGCAAUUAGCAUAAUUAAAGACAGUUCUCAGACGGUGACGUGUCACAGUUUUGGAAAUCCUUAUCCGUCUACAAACGAUUUCACAUGGACAAAAGGAAGUGCCGUUGUUAGUUCCAACUCAGUUUUAAGCUGGACCGGCGGAAUCAGAAUUCAGGACGGAGGCAGUUACAAAUGUACCGUUACAAGAACGAUGACACCUUCGGAUACCAGCAAACCUCCAGUUACAACAGAGGUAUCUUCGGAUGUCACCAUGGAUGUACUAUACGCCCCGUCCACACCAGAAAUACGAAUGAACACUUUGAAUGGAGACGUGAUAACGGACCAGAUCACAGUUGUGUUUAACAGGCAGUUUGACUUGGCGUGCAAGGCGAAAGCGCAUCCAACCGCAAGUUACAGUUGGACAGGCGGCUCGAGAACAGUUCACACACAUAUUCUACAGGACACCAUUAGCACAAAAACAAACACGUCAAGGACUUGUACAGCCCAUAAUGUGCUGAAACCGUCUGUCGGAAUUGAGCAGACCCCAUCCUCGUCAGCUUCUAUAGCUGUGUAUAUACAUUACCCACCCGAGUCUGUCACUCUACGGCACACAACAGAAAAUGGUAACAUGGUUUUAUCCAAAUAUAACAUCAUGGAAAGAACAAACUUGAAGCUAUUUUGCGAUAGUCAAAGCAACCCAUCAUCAGCAUUUUCCUGGACUGGAUCGAACCUACAGCAGACUGGAAGUGUUCUUCUCCGCAGUAAUAUAAGCAGAUCGGAGAAGGGUCAUUUGUCGUGUACGGCUAGAAACACAAUGACGCAUAUGGGCCAGGCUGUGGAAGGGGUGUCGUCUGCAAAUAUUACACUCAACAUUCUCUAUUCGCCCCGGUUGCAUCAACUUUCCAGGCUUAGCGCCAUGGAAGGUGAACAAUUAACUCUGAAAUGUGAAUACGAGCCAGGAUACCCAACAGAAACAACAGUCGUAAUUGAUCGGUUAUAUAACCGGAUUACCUGGACCGGAGGGACACAUAUCAUUCCAUCGCUGAACAGAAGCGAUGCUGGUAUAUACAGAUGCACAGUUCGUAACAUCAUGCAGCCAACGCGACAACAGAAUGAAAUCGUUGGAGAGGAUACAGGCAUUUUCCAGAUUAACGUAUGGUACAAAACUUCUGUGUCCAAGUUUGGUUUAACCAGUCAUCCCGACGCGAAUAAUGUUACUGUUGUUGAAAACACAACGCUCAACUUCUACUGUGAAGUUGACAGUAACCCAAACUCCACCAUUAUAUUUGAAAGAUUGGACAGGAUACAGAACAACGCUACUCUAAAAAGGAAAGACGGGUUUCUUAAUCUCGCAUUUGAUGUUCAACAAGCUGGCUGUCUUGAUACAGCAAGUUACUAUUGUCUCGGGUAUAACAACUACACAGAGAUUGAGGCGGCACCAAGAAAACAAAUAAACGUUUAUGUUCGAUGUUCACCAAGAGCAUCAGGAGGUCAACAGGAAAGCAAUGUUACCGGGAUCAUUGGCGGAAAUGCGACGUUUUCGUUUCAUCUAGUGGCAUAUCCUGUACCGAACAAAGACGGAUAUGUAUGGUACAAAUGGAACGGGACAACGUAUUCUCAAGUUCACAACAGUGACAAAUACACUGUCAACAAUGCCGGUUUAUCUACAAUAUUUACCAUCAAUGCUAUUGAAAAAAAAGAUUUUUCAACCUAUCUGCUAACGGUGUCGAAUGGAAUUAAUCCAGACUUCAACAAAAUAUUCAACUUAAGUCUUCAAGAAGUCCCUCAGUGUCCAACUGGUUUAACAUACAGUGCAACGACAUCGUCUUCAGCUACUAUCGGGUGGAUCAGUCACUUCAAUGGUGGACUUAAGCAAACAUUUAUUAUUUUGUACAAAAUGAUUAAAAGUUCGGAAUACUUGGUUCUAACGGAAGAUGAGCUUGACCAGAAGAUACAGUACAAAAUAAUACUUAAAGGAUUAAACGAUGGAUCGACGUACAAUGUCAUUUUAUUCUCAAGAAACGAAAAAGGAAACUGUAAACAAAAUUCUUCACUCCAAUUCGACACUGAACUACUUGUCGAAUCACCACCUGGAACCACUGGAAUUAUAAUUGGUGGAACAACUGGGGGAAUAGUGGCAGCGAUUAUUCUGGUGAUAGUUGUGGUCUUUGUUUUGAGACGAAAGUACAACAUUGACUGUUUGUGUUCAAUAAAACUAUCUCGGAAAGAUCUGUAUCAUGAUGCAACCACAAAUAAAACAAUAGAUACACAAGGAGGUGAUACUCGUGGGUAUAACGCAUCUCAGACCUAUGAAGAUAUUUCCAUGGUAACGGAUAAAUCCCCAUACGCUGCUCUUGAUAUUGGCGACAAUGGUCUCGGCAAUGUGCACGUGUACACGCCAUUGGACGCGCCUGGUUCAAAGACACAUGUUUCGUACGAAAAUGUUAAAGAUGAUCCCGUUUACAACAACACAGUGCUGAAGAACCCGGCACAGUCUGUGCUUUAGAUAAGUUAGUGGUAGCUAUAAAGCAUAAGGCUGUAUGAUGACGUAAGAAGGAGUGAAGUUUUAGGGGUUUUGUACUUUUUCUUGCCUAUGAAACAUUCAUUAUAUUGUAAAGCGAUGCUGAACCAUUCUUUGUUGAGGAUAUCAAAGCAAUGAAGUAUUUGGAGUUAUGAAACUACUUUUUAAUUUGCAGGAUUCCAUU